CCUUCAGUUCCCUGUUCUGUUGUCAGUUGUCACUGUCAGUCGUUUAGGUUUAUGUUGAAUCAGUAUGCCAGAAUUUGGAACAUAUUUUAUUUCUGAAUCAAAAGUUAGAUUUGUUAAUUAGCUUAUCUGUAGUAGUUUGAAAUGCCACUCACAAUAUUUUUGUGCUUAAUUGAGUAACCCUUGGGAUAUUGUAAAACAAAUAUCAAAUUAUAAUAAAACAAUGUUGUCUGCAUUAAAACGACUUACCAGUAAACCAGAGACAAGUGUCUCUUCUGGUCCUCCAGGCCAUCAUGCCAUGUCUCAAAAUCUUCAAAGAAAGUUUGCUAAAGGAAUCCAGUACAAUAUGAAAAUAAUCGUUAAAGGGGACAGGAAUGUUGGCAAAACUUGUUUAUUCCAUAGACUACAGGGUAAAAAGUUUGUUGAAGAAUAUGUACCUACGGAUGAGAUUCAGGUGGCAAGUAUACAAUGGAAUUACAAGGCAACAGAUGAUGUAGUAAAAGUUGAAGUCUGGGAUGUCGUAGACAAAGGUAAAAAGAGAGUGCAUUUGGAAGGCCUGAAAUUAGGAGAAAACGAUGUAAACCCUCCUGCUCUUGAUGCUGAGUUUUUGGAUGUUUAUAAAGGAACCAAUGGAGUCAUUUUGGUUAUGGAUAUCACUAAGAGUUGGUCUUUUGAUUAUGUGGAAAGAGAAUUAAUCAAAAUCCCUAUUCACAUACCUGUACUGGUGCUGGGAAAUCACUGUGACAUGUCACACCAUCGCACAGUCACAGCAGAUAUUGUCAUGUCUUACAUUGACAGUGUGCAGAGGCCUAAGGGAUCCGCCCAGGUUCGAUAUGCAGAGGCCUCAAUGUAUAAUGGAUUUGGAUUGAAAUUACUACAUAAAUUCUUUUGUCUCCCGUUUUUACAAUUACAAAGAGAGACUUUGCUUGGGCAACUGGAGAGAAAUGAGACAGAAACCCAGGCAACACUUGAAGAACUUGACGCUUUUCAGAACAGUGAACAUGCUGACUAUGACAAGUUCAUUGACAAUUUAACAAAUAAAAGAAGACAACAAGCAGACGUGAACGCCAAAAAUGCUCCAGUAAUAAGUUCAAGCCAAAGCAGCCAUCAGAUGUCUCCUAUUACUGCCAGCUUGGACCCCACCAAGAUCCGUAGUCAGUCAGUUCCUGAGGUCCGCCUGACUGCUCCUCCUGCCCAGCCCUUCCCCACAAAUACUAAGAUAUUCAGCAAACCAGUAGAGAUUGUUCAGGAGAAAAUUCAAGUUUCCAGUAAUGGAAUCCAUAGUGUUGAAGAAUUUAUGCCCGAUGGAGAUGAGUUGGACAAGUCUUUCCUUGACGAUUCUCCCACUAACAACAAAGGCCACACAAAGCCAGAUCCAGCUGAUUCAGACAGUGAAGCAGAAACUGGUAAUCCUCUAGUGGCAGGGUUUCAAGAUGAUCUUGACCCAGAUGAUAUUGCUCCACCGUCUCCAUUGCCAUUACAUAAAGAACAUUCCGUCAACAAAUCUAAUGACUCAGACAUUUCCAAACAAGAGGAGAAUGAAAGUGGAAUCACAGGAGCAGCUCUGGACGAGUGGGUGGGGAGCAUAGCUGGGCGAGUCAGUCCGGAGGGUGGAGAAGACAGUGGGCCAGGUGGAGCUGAUUCUCCAGACAGCAUGCUGCAGCUUCAGUCAAACAAAACCAAAGACAAGGUAGGCCAGAUAUGUGUGAUGUACUUUAGUUGUUUAUUUACACAGUGUAAGGAUUAUUCUAUUAAUUUUACUAGUUUAGAAAUCAAAUCAAAUGAAAAGUAUUAAUGAUUUGUUUAAUUA